AUUUUAUCUUGGCUUAUCACAAGUUGACAAAUGUGUUUUGAAUAAUUUUGAAGUCAAAGGACUUGGAAUUUUAUCAGGACUUUGAUGAAUAGAUUAUUAUUAUUAUUAAAUGAUUAAAUAUGGUGUCAUUGAGUGAUUUGGCCCAGUCAUUAGAAUAUGUGAGCUUCAGAAGUAGCAUACCUUUAAGGACAAUUUUUGUUGAUAAUAAUUCAGAUAAGGGAUGGCGAAUAUAUGAUACUGGUCCUAAAACAAUAAGAACUCCAUUGGUAUGUUUACCACCUGUUUGUGGAACAGCUGAAAUAUUUUUCAAACAGAUGUUGGGAUUGAGUGCUAAAGGGAUCCGUGUAAUAUCAGCUGAACAUCCAAUUUACUGGUCGGUUAGUGACUGGUGUGCUGGUUUUGUUAAGUUAAUUGAUUAUCUGGAGCUGGAUAAAGUUCAUUUAUUUGGUGCAUCCUUAGGAGGUUUCUUGGCACAGAAAUUUGCAGAGUAUACCUCUCAUUGUCCUAGAGUGGCUUCACUUGUACUCUGUAAUACAUUCUGUGAUACAUCUGUAUUCAGUUACAAUGAAACAUCAUCAUUGUUCUGGAUGCUCCCUUCAUUAGUCUUGAAAAAAAUGAUCAUGGUAAAUUUUACUAAUGCACAUCAUGAUAAGAGGAUUAUUGAUUCAGUGGACUUCAUGGUGGAAAGGCUUGACAGCUUAAGUCAACAAGACUUGGCCUCAAGAUUAACAAUAAACUGCACCAAUUCAUUUGUUGAUCCUCUUAAAGUUAAUUAUUUGAAAGCUGUGACAAUUAUUGAUGUUUUUGAUGAAUACGCUCUUUCAAGUCCUGUCCGAGAAGAUGUUUAUAAAUGUUAUCCUAAUGCUAAGCUAGCAAAUCUCAAAUCUGGAGGCAAUUUUCCUUACCUUAGCAGAAGUGAUGAAGUAAAUUUGCAUUUACAGAUUCAUUUGCGAGGAUUUGAUGGAACAGAUGUUUCAGCUCAAGCUCAAUAAUUUAUUCUUACUGCAUUCCUAAAAUAUUUUUAUAUUCUGACUACUUAUAUUUAUAGCUUUUUGUAAAGAGAACAUUUUUAAUAUAUGAAACUUUUGUAUCUAUUUUGUAAUCUCAGUAAGAUAUUAUUUACUUGGAAUACAUGGGCUGUAUAGUGAUGCAGCAUGUAAUCCAUUUUUUAAAUUUUGUUUUAGAUAUUUUUUGUAUUACAAAAUAUAUGUGUAAAAUGUCAAAUCAAUUACUUAAAUGGAUCAAUUAUGUAUUUUUAUAUGUAUGUAUAUAAAUUAUAGCUCAUUUUUUUCCCAAUACCAAAUAUUAGCACAAAUUGGUCAAAUCUCAAAGAAUUUAAUUUUUUUUUUUAAUCAUAAAGAACUCUACAGAACCUGUAAUUGUAAAGUUCCUCUCAGAUUUAUGUUAAUGCAUUUUUUAUUAUUUUAUUAUAGAUGCAGCAAUAAGUUUACACAAUUUUGAUUUGCAUUAUUACUUAAUUUUUAAGAAAUUACCUAUGUGAUAUUUUUAAAAUGCCACUUUAUUUGGUUUUAUAAUUUUUGUUGUAAAGACCUAUUAAAUUUUUUAUUUUAUUUACUUUUUAACUUUCCUUCCAUGAGUUGUGACAAAAUUAAAUUGGAAAGUCUGAUUUUUUUUGUCACUUAAAUUGUAAUAAGAAACUGAAAUCCUCAUUAUAUUUUUGUUUUUUAAUUUUAGAUCAUUUGAAGUUUUUCAGCUUAUUUUGUAGAAAUUAAAUUGAAUUUUCCAUGAAAAUUGAAGGUUAAUUAAAUUGCAGGUGUAAUUAUUGUUCAAUAAUAUGAUUAUUUCAUGUUAGAACUUAACUAAAGCAAGUAAUGGAAUUUCAUAGAGAGUGGAUGAAUCAUAAUUUUGAUUCUCUAAUUCUUAUUAGGACUUAACUAAAAUUCAUUGGAAAAAAUGGAAUAAUUCAAACACUGUGAAGGUGCCACAUUGGUGAGGCCUUGGUAAGUGAGGUACAUACCAUAUACAUACAUUCUGGUAUGGUUAGUGAGAUACAUACAUUCUGGUAUGACAUAUCAGAUCCUGCGGUUUUGAGUCCCAAAACGAGUUGUUUCUGAGAUAAUGCACUGCAAAAUGUCACCCACUGUACGUAGUCAGAGAAUACCAUAGUAGUAUACUUUACUGUUGGGUGAUAUUUGAUUACACUUCCACUUUUAAACUGUAUAAUGAAUAAUAGAUAAAUUUUUAUUCAAUGCCUGAUAACAAAUAAUUUGUUUAUUAUUCCUUAUUUACAGACAACCUGAAUCAUCUAAUAAUUAUUAUUCCUUAUUUAAGAUCAAAAUUUCAUUCUAAUAACUUUUAUGUGAAACCUUUCGGAUUUUCUACACAUAAGGAUCCAUUAUUAUGCUGUCAGAGGCACUUCCUAUGAAAAUACUGUUGGAUCAAAGAUUGCACAUUUUUUUAAAACUUUGCACAAUUUCGCAUCAAGUUCUUGAAACUUUUUGGGUUUCUAUGACAUAAGUGUCCACUAUUAUGUUGUCACAGGCACUUCUAAUGAAAAUAAGGUCGGAUCAAAGAUUACACAAUUUCGCAUUAAGUUCUUGAGACUUUUCAGGUUUCUUCAAUAUAAGGGUCCAACAUUAUAUUGUCGGGGUUGCUUUUUAUGAAAAUAUUGUCAGAUUAAAGAUUGAACAUCGAAUAUUUGUAACUUGCUAAAAUAAAUUUAAAUUCAAUUAUUCAAAAUUUUAUUUGAAAAAUAAGAAUAAUGAAUAAAUAGAUUAUAGACAACUUCAGAUUAUAUAUUUAUCUAAGAUGAAAGAUAAAAAAAUUAUUCGUUUUCUAUUAUUAAAGAUAAAUUAUGCCCUAC